AUGAUUUCUCUCUGGCAAGAAAAGGCAAAAUCAUCAUCUUUAUCUACACAGAGUUCUAACCAGGGCGUCGAAGAAAUCAUAUUUGCCUUGAAGGAUGUCUAUGAGAAACGGAUUAAGGAAAUCCAGGAUAACCAUAGGAGCGAAAUUCAGGCAAUGGAAAACGAACGUUCUUGGCUGAAGGCGACGCUGAAGGAAAAAGACAAAUUCAUUCAGAAAGUUACUGAAAACGUUGUAAGACUCAUGACUAGAACCACGACAAACGAGGAAGAAUCAAUCUCGAGCCGAAAGUGCCAAGAGAGUAAUAAAGAAGAAGAGGUCGAAAAGGAGAGAAAGGAACUGGCAGACGCACUUAAAGAAAUUGCAAAGCUGAAAGAGGAAUUGGAGGAACUUCGGAGGGAGGUAAGAGCUGGACAGAAGAAUGACAAGGAUGCCAAAGCUGAAAAAAGGUGGGUUAGCGCAGUCAAGAGGAACAUCAGGGAGCAACACGAGGAGAGGAAACAGAAAAGAAGAGAUGACAGAUUGAGGAAACUGAGGGACUUGAUCGAGUUUGUCAAGCAAGAACGUAAGAUAAUGAACCAGAAAAAGAAGGCUGACCGAGAAUGGCUAGAGAGAGAAGCCAUGUCUUUGGCACUGUAUGACCAUCAAGUAAGGAUGGAAGAACGAAAAAGUAAAAAGGAAGCACAAAGAGCUUUCAAGCAGGAAUUGAAGGAAAGGAACGCCCAAUUGAAGGCUGAAGGAUAUAGGCUGAAGAAUGAAAUCAGAACCAAGUUAGAGGAAGAACACAAGAGGAAAAAGGCUAAAGCAAAGCUUGAAAAACAGAAGCUAAAUAGUGCAUUAAGUGAUCUCAAGAGAAGGAAAAAAGACCUGUGGAGAAAACGAAAACCCAAAAGGUCUAAAGUUGAAGUGCAACUUCGUGAUUACAUUGGGCUCUUCCUUCAGGAUCCUUUACUGCUCGCUUUGUAUUACGAAAAUAAAUAUGAUAAACCAGCUACCACCCAGGUUAGUCCGCAGGAGCGUCGGAAAAAGAAGAAAAGAGCUACGAAGGGAACACAUUCAAAAAAUGGAGGUUUGGGUAUGGAAGAGGAUUCUAAAGGGAAAUAUGAAUUGAUAAAGAAAAGAAGAAAAUAG